CCGAUCAGCCCCACGCCAUGCCCGCCGCUUCCAGCGUGGAGCGGAGCGAUGCUGGCAGGGACUGAGAGCAGCGGGAAGGGCUGUACUGGCCCCUGGGAUCGGACGAGGUCUGGGGGGGUGGGGUCCUUCUCCAGGGCAGACAUUGCACCCAAGAAGAAGUUUGGGAGACUGAAAUGUGACAGGCUAAAGGACGAGGCGGAAAGGCAAGGGAGCAAGCUGCCGGGGCGGUUUGUGGGGAAGCAGCAGAAAAGCUCCCCAAAGGAGCGAAGCAGCCAAGCAGGAGGCAGAAGCCCGGAGCCGAAGUGACUGAGAGUUGGCCUGGCUUGCCGCGGUUAAACGAGCCUCAGCAUGCAAGCCGGGCUCUCCCCCCGGCUCCCACCUCCGAGCUGCCCUGCCUAGCGGAGGAGAAUCGCUCCACUCCCCGGGAACUUCGCCGCUGCUUCGAAGCCAUGAGCAGCCACGUGUGGUUCCCCUUGCAGUACAUCUCCAAACCCUACCGCCGGGCACAGGCCCGCAAUGGCUCCGACUUCUUCUCUGCCCUCUACGGCUUCCCCAACCGAUCCUCCUUCUUCCACGGCGACAUGGACCUGGACGACCUGGGGGACUUUGACAGGGGCACCCGGUACGAAGGGGAGUCCCAGAGCCGGACGGUGAAGGCGCUGCUCAUCGUGGCCUAUUCGGUGAUCAUCGGCAUCUCGCUCUUCGGCAAUAUCCUGGUCUGCCACGUGGUGAUCAAGAAUAAGAGGAUGCAUUCGGCUACCAGCCUCUUCAUCGUCAACCUGGCCAUGGCGGACAUCAUGAUCACCCUCCUGAACACACCCUUCACCCUGGUGCGAUUUGUAAGCAGUACCUGGGUUUUCGGAAAGCUGAUGUGUCACAUAAGCCGGUUUGUCCAGUACUGCUCUGUCCAUGUUUCUGUGCUUACCCUUGCAGCCAUUGCACUGGAUCGACAUCAGGUUAUAAUGCACCCUUUGAAACCCCGGAUGUCAAUUGCUAAAGGAGGAAUUUGCAUCAUUAUAAUCUGGGUUAUGGCCAGCUGCUUUUCUCUGCCCCAUGCCAUCUACCAGAAUCUAGCAAGAUUUGAUAUUGGGAACAGAACUAUACGAAUGGUCUGUCUCCCCAGCUUCCCUCCUCCUGCUGAUCUCUUCUGGAAGUACCUGGACUUGACUACUUUUGUACUCUUAUAUGUCCUGCCCUUGCUUGUGAUCUCUAUCACGUACACAAUGGUAGCCAAGAAGCUCUGGCUGAGGAAUGCCAUUGGAGACAUCACCAUGGAGCAAUACUUUGCCCAUCAGCGGAAGAAGAAGAUGACACUGAAGAUGUUGAUGGUGGUGGUGGUGGUUUUUGCUGUCUGCUGGUUCCCACUGAACUGCUACCUGGUGCUCAUCUCCAGCAGGGCCAUCCACAGCAACAAUGCUCUGUACUUUGCUUUCCACUGGUUUGCCAUGAGCAGCACCUGCUACAACCCCUUCAUUUACUGCUGGCUCAAUGAGAGCUUCCGCUCUGAGCUCAAGUCCCUGUUGUGUGUGUGCCGGCAAAAGAAUGCACACGCCCUGCAGAGCCACGCCCUGCAGUCCAUCUCUCCUCCUUUCAGGUAUGCCUGGGCUGAGAAUUGUCAUUAUAAAAGGGGCAGCUGCUCUCAGAAAGCAAGAGCAUCUUCCCAAAGAAACUCUGCAAAGACAGACAUAUCCAGUGUCCAGCCAAUUGUGACAGGGAGCUAAGUCACUGAACUGACAGUUAAUGGAGCUCCCUAGGUCCUCACUCUAGAAAAUUGGAUAUUAAAUUUAUUUGUAUUAAGUUACAAUCACAAUCAGGAGCAACUCCACAGACUGGGUAAUGGGAUAUAGAGCCUUUAAACUUAGGAGAAAGAUGACCUAAUUGCCACUAUAUACUGUAUACUAUAUACUGGUAUAUAUUAUAUACUAUAUACCACAUACUGGGGUGACAGUUCAUUUUAUGGAGAAAAUGAACAAACUAAAUUCAUUUAAUACUUUUGAUUUAUUAAUUUAUUCAAGACUGAUUCGUAACUUUUACAACCACUUUUGGAUUUGUGUCCCAGGGACUUUGCCUACUAUUUGAAUGAUAGGCUCAUCCAGUAUAUUAUGUUUGUCACUCAAAAAGUAAUCUUAAAUCAAGACAACUGAUUAUUCUGAACUGCUCAGUGUAGUGUUUAUUCCUUCACCACAGACAAUAGUGCUUCUCAAUAUCAUUUAAAAUGAUCAAAUGAGAACACAAGCUAGGUGUAUGCAAAAUACACCGAGAAUAAAACAAAUACAGUUCCUUCGGUCAUAAAGAUUAUUAGUAGCUGCAACAAAAUACAAAUGAAAAUUUACCUUGCAAUCUCUGAUCAAGCAGAAGUGUCUCUGGUGAGGUAAUUUACAAGAAUUAAGGAACUGAUGAAACUGACUCCUAUCUAUAGUUGCACACAGUUUAAUAUGUGCUCUCAAGAUUAAACACAUUUCUGGGUCUCAGUCAAGUACAGGACUUUGUAAAAGGAAAUUGUUUAAGAGGAUUUUUCAAUUUUUCUACACUGCCAGGUUUUUCUAUUCUCCACACACAAAAAAUAUUAAUUUUUGUUCAAAAGUUCAUAGCAUAUUUCAUUUUAUGAGGUCUUUCAUGCCUACAACCGCUAAAUCGCCUAUUUGACUCUAACACAGGUUAGUAGUGAGCCAAAGUCAUUGCCUUUCAACAGCUUUUCACUGGCCUAUGUGAAAUGAGCUGGUGAUCUCAGUAAAGCUCCUAAUUGACAAGUGUGUCCACAACAGAGAGUCUACCACUGCAAUUGGCAAUCUUGGCAGAUUCAGUGGAGAGCCCAAGGACUGAAAGGGCUAUGGAGUCUAAACUCCCUAUCUCACCCUUCUAGAUUAUGGCUGAAGUGCUUUGACCAAGAUGUCUGUGAAGAAUAUGGAGGAAUUUACAUUUCUGUUAUCCAGUUUGUACCUGCUCUUUGGAUAAAUAUCAGACUUUACAGCCUCCAGGGCUAUAUCAAUCUAGCGCUUUUUACCACUAUCAAUUUGCUAAGGAAACCAAAACGGUGGUUUGUUAUUGUCAUUAAUUGGGGUUUUUCCUAAAUCAGAUUAAAAUUAUUUAUAGGUAUAGCUUUAAUCUUUUGAUUUUUAUAAAGGUGUAUCUGAACUAUUCAUAGCUUGGCUAUUAAGCUUCAGAGGUGGGCCUUUCACUGUCUGUCAUUCAAAUGUCACUUUCCACAAUUAGUGACUCUUCCAGCAUAGGAAACAUGACAACUGCUAGCACUUUGACAGUUGCUGAACAAAGCAUGAUGCUUUGCAAGAAGCCAGAUGGUAACCGCAUUUUAAAAAAAUAAUCAUUUUUUUGAAUUAAGUGAUAAAUGUGCAGGUUUUUCAUACCUGCUGACAAACAGAAAUGGUGGAAUUAAAUGGUGUUGAAGUCAUUCCCAAACUCAGAUAUGAACUCACGCCUAUAUAAACCCCCCUCACUAACUUAUGCUACAGCACUGGCCCCAAACACUGCAGCUUACACUGGUGAUACUAUUGUGCUUGUGACUUUUUAUAGUGUUUUUUUCAUUUAGGGGAGUGUCUGAAAAUAUAAUCAAUAUAUAUGGUGUUUCAGAACACUCAGCAGAGCAUCUUCAAAGAGAGGUACAGAGAUCUAGACAAGUGAUGGACGAAAUUCAUCCUGGUGUAUAGAGCUGCAAUUUCUACUGAAGUCAGUGGGCGCUAUGCCUACUUAUGCUGGAGCUGAAUUUGGCUCAAUAAUGGUAAAUAUCAAUGGGCAUCAUGUGAGCACAUCAUUUGUAACUUUGAAAAAUUACCCCAUAAAUGAGUGUUAUCACUUUUCACUUCCUUACAAUAAAUCAGCAGUUCUCUCACAUCAGUUUUACACUGAUGGAACUAUUGAUUUCAACACUUCCUCUCAGAUUACAUUGGCAUGAGAGGAGAAUUAGAUUCAUAUAGACUGAGUUAUAUUUCUAUCUGAAAUAUGAAAAGAAUAAUUACAUUUCACUUUAUUAACCAAAGGCGUAACUGUAAUAUAUAUUGAGCCAGAUCCUCGGCUGGUGUAACUCAGCAUUGUUCCACUGAAUUCAAUUUAUCACAGCCAGUUUAUCCCAGCUGAGCAUUUGCGCCCACUGUUAAAUUGGGUGAAGAAUUUUAGAGAGUUUUUUAAAGUGGAAAUAAAAGUACUUUGCUAAUGAAAAAGACUGGGACUAUGUAACCUGGUAAUUCACUGGUCAUUAGUAAAGAAACCAGGAAACCCAGGAACAACUAGGUUGUGUCAUUCAUGCCUCUUCUGAUCCAUUGCCGGUUAGGAGGGCAAUUGUAGCUAUGGGGAAGGACCAAAAAUAUACCAGAUAAAAGGGAAUAUUGAUUUCAUGUUCCUUAA